GGUUGGGGGAGGAGGGAAAGCGGCGAGUAAGAUGGAAGAUGAGGAGGUCGCUGAGAGCUGGGAGGAGGCGGCAGACAGCGGGGAAAUAGACAGACGGUUGGAAAAAAAACUGAAGAUCACACAAAAGGAGAGCAGGAAAUCCAAAUCUCCUCCCAAAGUGCCCAUUGUGAUUCAAGACGAUAGCCUUCCCACGGGCCCCCCUCCACAGAUUCGCAUCCUCAAGAGGCCCACCAGCAACGGUGUGGUCAGCAGCCCCAACUCCACCAGCAGGCCAGCCCUUCCUGUCAAGUCCCUAGCACAGCGGGAGGCAGAGUACGCAGAGGCCAGGAGACGGAUCUUGGGCAGUGCCAGCCCUGAGGAGGAGCAGGAGAAACCCAUCCUUGACAGGCCAACCAGGAUCUCCCAACCCGAAGACAGCAGGCAGCCCAGUAAUGUGAUCAGACAGCCUUUGGGUCCUGAUGGGUCACAAGGCUUCAAACAGCGCAGAUAAAUGCAGGCAAGAAAGGAUGCCGCUGCCACCGCUGCCGCCACCAUCGCCUCCUGGAUUGUCUGCCAUGGGUCGCACUGCCGUGGCAGACAUCUGGACUUGAGCAGAGGGAACGACCUGACUUACUUGCACUGUGAUCCCCCUUGCUCCGCCCACUGUGACCUUGAACCCCAUGCACUGUGACCUCUGCCUCCCCCCCCUUCCCACUGUGAUUGGCGUGUUGACAAGGGCUGUCCUAAGUCAAUAGAAAGGGAAAGGGUGGGGAUUAGGGGAGGAUUGGGGGAACCUACCAAGGACUCAGAGUAGAGGGUCAGACAGUGCCACUUGGCCACUUGGGGUAAAGCCAGUGCCAGCAAUAACAGUUUAUCAUGCUCAUUAAUUUGGGAUUUCAAAAGACAAAUGAAAACUCCCCCCACCCACCCCAAGUGCAUGUCGCCAUCACUUAAAAGGAAGUUCCAUUGAAAAUA